AUGUGCUUUGAAGCACUUGAUCAGACGCUCAGGGAUCUUAUGUCAAUUACCGAUCAACAUAAGACACAUCAACCAUUUGGUGGUAAGGUUGUUGUUCUAGGAAGUGAUUUUAGACAGACACUUCCGGUGAUUCUGAAAGGGAGUAGACAUGAUAUAUUGUCAUUAGCUAUUAACUCAUCCCAUCUGUGGUCAUUUUGUAAGUUUCUGAAACUGCAUACGAACAUGAGGCUUCUAAUGUCUUCUUCGGAUCAAGAUGAAGGUAAAAUGAAGAGAUUUGCUAAUUGGAUACUUGAUGUUGAAAAUGAAAAUAUUAGUUCUGUUGUUGGUGAUGAAUCAGAAAGUAAGGCAAUUCUUGCUCCCACGCUUGAGAGUAUCGAGAAGGUAAACGAUUUCGUCUUGACAAUCUCUCCAGGGAUGAAAAAGGAGUAUUUAAGUUCUAACACAACAUGUCAAGAUUAUGAGAAUGAAGAUGUACAACAAAAGUGGUUCACACCAGAGUUCCUAAAUGACAUCAAAUGUUUGAGACUACCCAAUCACAAGUUGACUUUGAAGCCAGGAAUCGCUAUAAUGCUACUCCGAAACAUAGACUAG